CCAGUAAAGUCCAGUGCUGGAGCAGAGAGGGUGAGGGGAGGAGCAGAGGGUCUGGGUCAGGGUUUGUUCAUGGUGUGGAAGUCAGAAGAGGAUUGACGGAGAAAAAAAGGGUUUAAUUGAAGUGGUGAAAGAGUAAGAGUUUGAAGAAGGAAGGUUUGAUUUCAUUACCCCCUUUUCUUCUUUGUGGGGUCUCUCGUUUUUCUCUAUUCAUGACAGCCUCGACAACAGCCUGGAAAGUUUAAUGUGGUAGCUGCACUAAAAAACUCUGCUCCAGGGACCUUUCAUGCCGGGAUUACUUGGAUCUCUUCUUCUUCUUCUUCUUCCAUCCUCCGGGUUCUUUUCUCUCUGUUUCUCAUUCCCCAAUCCCUCAACAUUAUUUGUUCUUGUUCUUGUUCUUUCUUAGCUAAGAUUCUUUAAUGUUUCUUAUUCACAUUCUUGUUCUUAUCUGCGGAUUUGUGAGAUGGGUAUUGUGAGAUAGAUCCAAAGGGAGGUGGGUUUUCUGUUGUUUUGUUGAUUCUAUAUUGGGUUUCUUUGGAUUUGUGUUCUGUGAUUUGUAAUUGAGUCUAUUGGGGUUUUGGGGUUAUGGGGUUUGUUCAUCAAGUUAGGGAAGAUUAAGAGCUUAUUGUUUAUUUGAUUUUAGGAUCUGUGAUUGUUGAAAAUGGUGAAAAUUAAGCUUGUUUCCUUGUCAAUGGUGCUGUCUAUCGCUUUGUUCUUGUGUAUAGGAUCUUAUGCCUCCUUUACUCCCGUUGAUAACUAUUUGAUAGCGUGUGGUUCUUCACAAAACAUCACUUUCCAAGGUAGAACUUUCGUUCCUGAUACUCAGCAUUCAUUGCUCUCCCUUGAUGGUGGAAGCUCUGUUGUCGUUAGUUCAAAAGCUACUACUGUUCUAUCUCCAAUUUAUCAAUCUGCUCGGGUUUUCACCAGCAUUGCGUCGUAUAAAUUUGAAAUCAAGGAAGAGGGUCGGCAUUGGGUUCGGUUAUAUUUUUAUCCUAUACCGAAGUCGGAGCGGAAUUUGGCGUCUUCGUCGAUAACUGUUGUUACUGAUAAGUUUGUGUUGUUGAACAAGUUUUCUUUCAAGAACUAUAAUGGUUCUUUUAUGUUCAAGGAGUAUGCUAUCAAUAUCACUUCGGAUUCCUUGACACUUACUUUUAUCCCGUUUAAUGGUUCGGUUUCGUUUGUUAAUGCGAUUGAAGUUGUCUCGGUGCCUGAUGAGCUGCUCCCUGACCAAGCAUUGGCUUUGAAUCCAUCUUCUCCUUUCAGUGGCAUCUCGAAACUUGCUCUUGAAACUGUUUAUCGACUGAACGUUGGGGGUCCUUUACUCACUUCGCAAAAUGAUACACUUGGAAGAACUUGGGAGAAUGAUAUGAAUUACCUCCAUGUCAACAGUUCUGCUGUGAAUAUCUCUGCUAACCCGGGGAGCAUAAAAUAUCAUCCUGGUGUUACACCGGAGACUGCACCGAAUUGGGUUUAUGCUACUGCCGACGCCAUGGGUGACCCGAAUGUACCGAACGUGAACUUCAACUUGACUUGGGUUUUUUCUGUUGAGCCAAAUUUUCAGUACUUCGUCCGAGUGCAUUUUUGUGAUAUAAUGAGCAAGGCUCUCAAUAAUCUGGUAUUCAAUCUUUACAUCAAUUCUGAUAAUGCUCUGGGAAGCUUUGAUCUGUCGACGAUAACCGGUGACUUGGGUGUGCCUUAUUACAAAGACUUCAUUGCCAACUCAGCAGGUUCAGCUACUUUGACCGUUAGUGUCGGUCCAGAUCAAAUGGCAGACCUCACGAAUGCAACCAUGAAUGGCUUGGAGAUUAUGAAGUUAAGCAAUCAAGAUGGGAGCUUGGAUGGAACUUCGUCGGUCGAAAGUCUUUUCCCAAAUGCACCCUCGAAGAAGAACAAUAUAGCAAUCAUUGUUGGUCCUGUCUUGGGAGCUGUAGUGGGCCUAACUUUGCUCGUCUUGUGUUAUUGCUGCUUCGUAGCUCGCAGAUCAAAGACGACUCAACCAGCACACCCAUGGCUGCCUUUGCCUUUGUAUGGAAACUCUCAAACCAUGACAAAAGGAUCAACAACUUCUCAAAAGAGUGGAACUGCAAGCUUCAUUUCUUUGGCUUCCUCCAGCCUUGGCAGAUUGUUCACAUUUCAGGAAAUUCUUGAUGCUACCAACAAGUUUGAUGAAAACCUUCUCCUUGGAGUUGGUGGUUUUGGUCGGGUUUACAAGGGAACACUCGAAGAUGGUCUGAAAGUUGCUGUCAAAAGAGGUAACCCCAGAUCGGAACAAGGUCUUGCCGAGUUUCGAACUGAAAUAGAAAUGUUAUCAAAGCUCCGACAUCGUCACUUGGUGUCUCUUAUUGGCUAUUGUGACGAAAGAUCAGAAAUGAUUCUUGUCUAUGAAUAUAUGGCGAAUGGACCUUUACGGAGUCAUUUGUACGGAACGAAUCUACCGCCAUUGUCAUGGAAGCAACGACUUGAUAUUUGCAUUGGUGCUGCGAGAGGGCUUCAUUAUCUUCACACUGGUGCAGCUCAAAGCAUAAUACACCGGGAUGUUAAAACGACAAACAUUCUCUUGGACGAGAAUUUCGUUGCGAAAGUUGCAGACUUUGGUCUCUCAAAAACUGGGCCAUCUCUGGAUCAGACUCAUGUUAGUACUGCUGUCAAGGGUAGUUUUGGUUACCUCGAUCCUGAAUACUUCAGGCGACAACAGCUCACCGAGAAGUCAGACGUAUAUUCAUUUGGGGUCGUGCUAAUGGAAGUUCUCUGCACGAGACCAGCGCUUAACCCUGUUCUACCCCGAGAACAAGUCAAUAUAGCCGAAUGGGCAAUGACCUGGCAGAAGAAGGGCAUGCUAGAUCAUAUCAUGGACCCCAAUCUGGUUGGUAAAGUUAACCCAGCAUCGCUUAAGAAGUUCGGUGAAACAGCUGAGAAGUGCCUGGCUGAGUAUGGGGUUGACAGACCUUCUAUGGGAGACGUCCUAUGGAAUCUGGAAUACGCUCUUCAGCUCGAGGAAACCUCAUCCGCUCUAAUGGAACCUGAAGACAACAGCACAAACCACAUCCCUACUAUCCAAUUAACCCCUCUCGAGCCAUUUGAUAACAGUGUAAGCAUGAUCGAUGUAGGGAACUCCGGUACUGACGAUGAUGCUGAAGAUGCUGCAACAAGUGCAGUAUUUUCCCAGCUCGUAAAUCCUCGCGGAAGAUGAGAAAAAGAAACAUUCUCCAGCUAGUGAAGUUUAUCCUGGAUGACCAGCAAAGGCACGGGGCGUCCUUGCAACGAGCGAGUCUAAUAUAUUUACGGUGGACAAAUGAAGAGACAUAGUGUUCUAUGAUUUCAUUCUCUUAGAUUAAAUUCCAUUCUCUCAAUUCAUUCGGAUUGCUAUAUGGUUCUGCGGCGUCCGCGGAUCGUUUCAAGAUUAAUUGGUACAGUAAACAGUCUACUCUUUACUUUUACAUUCAGGCUGCUAGAUAUUGGCUGCCCCAAGUUGUUUUUACACAUUUACUCAGGCAAUUGAUUGUGUUAGCGUUAUAAUGUUUUGUUUCUGAUAAAGGGUAUAGUGAAUAAAGCACAAGUUUUUGUUCUA